UCGUUUUUUUCCCCCUAAAUUGGAGGAGAAGGCACAGCAGAGAGAGAGGGAGAGACCUCUCGAUUUCAACUGUUCAGUUUAGCCCGCAAUCUAUGGAGCCAGAGUGAAAACCGAAGAUUAUCAUCUUCAUCUCUCUCUCUCUCUCUCUCUCUCUCUCUCUCUACCUUGUGCUCCGAUCUAGGGUUUCCCCGGCUUUGGAGCUCUUUGAUUCGUGAUUGUUUUGGAUGGUAUCUGAUGGCCAAAGAGAGGCGGCACGGGAAUCGUGCGGAUCGCGACGAGUUCCUGUUCUCCGACGGCGGUAACGCCACGGAUCGGGUGGCCGGCGAUGGCGACGACGUCCUCCUCUUCGGCGGCCACGGUCACGAGAACGAUUUGUACGGUCGAGACGGCGAUUCGCCGGCGAUGAAGCUGUAUCCGGUCUCGCCGGGAUCGCCCUCACAGCUGGCUUCGUCGUCCUCAUCCGGUGCUAUCGAGCAUCCGGUUUCCAAAUUCGACACUCUCGCCGGUGUCGCCAUCAGAUACGGUGUUGAGGUGGCUGACAUAAGACGAUUGAAUGGCCUAACCACAGAUAUUCAGAUGUUUGCUCUCAAGUCACUCCAAAUUCCUCUGCCAGGAAGGCAUCCUCCCUCUACAUGUUUGUCAAAUGGUUCAGAUACUCCAGGACGGAGCAGCUUCGAGCAGACCCCACCUCGGCAUGGCCAUCACAAUCUUUUUGAGUCCUUCCACACCCUAAGAAUGAAGACUCCUCAGCAGAGAGUUUCCCCUGCUAUGAGUUCAUUACAAGGAUAUUAUGGACUCAAAUCAGAUGAGAAAGCCACAUCUGAAGGCUGUGAGAUGGCAGUUUACAGAAAAGGAAGUUCUCAUUAUUUAGAGGACGGUCCAUUUACCAAAUCCUUGCCAACUUCUAACCUUCCCUUGAGUCGUCAUAGGAAGACCAGGAGUCUAGUGAACACUUCACUUGAUGAAAAUGGUGAACUUGCCAAGGAUGUAGCAUUAUUUGCAGAGGACAGAGAAGGUGAGUCCGACAGAUGGAAUGAUAAACUGAUCAGAAGGCGUCAGAAGUCAGAAGCGGAUUUUUUGUGCGAAUCGAAUAUGCCAGAAAUGUUGUUGGAGGAUAAUAGCGGCGGUGGGUUUUCAUCAACAUCAAGUAAGGGCUUAGCUCUGAGAUCCAAAGCUGCAAGCCGAACUACUGUGGCCAGUGAUGCGGAAGCAGGCAGUUUGAAUCCUAUACCACUAGGGCUAGGGGAUUCAGUCGUGGUUGACGGGCUUACUAUUGUAAGGAAGUCAUCAAGCACAUCAAAUUUGCAGGAUCAGGAAAGCAAUGGUAGCUUAUCGUCCAUCUGGCCGACAUCUAAGUGGAGUUUGAAGCCAGACUUGCAGGCACUUUCAACUGUGGCCAGAGCAAGACCCAUAUUUGAUGGCUUGCCAAAACCUGGCCGACGAAACAAAACCGCACUCGAUUAAUGGCUAAUAGAGGUAAAUAACUCACUUUUCUGGUUCAGUUCCAAUUUUUGCCACAGCUCUACGGACAUAAGGGUAAAUAGGAGGAGAGAGAUAAGGAUAAGAAGUUAUACAAUACAUGUCAAUCCUGCUUUGUGUUCAGAAGAUAGUUGAUAUAUGUAUAUUGCGCCAAAAUGUAGUUAGUUCGUCUUCGUCAGGGGCAUUAACUCUGGAUUUAUUUAGGUUUACUGUUCUUUUUGUGUUGAAGUUGACUUGGACACUGGAAUCUGAUUGAACUUUUACCGCUCUAAUUGUUGAGGUAGAUUAUGCCAUGGUGAUUGAUGAAACCCUGAGCUCAGUGCUUUUAA